UGACAGUUAACUAAAUAGUAAAUUGAUGUUUUCUUGUCGUAUGUGGCGUCUAGUGUAUUUAUCUUUCUUUUUAAUAUUUUAAUAAAAAUUGCAUUUAUUUAGUGUUUUUUACAUAACUUUAAGUUUAUUUUUAAAUGAUUAGGUGUAAGUGCUGAUAAACGUAAGGAAAUAGCAAAUUAGUGUUCGAAUUUAAUUUUCUAAGUCUAAAAUGGAUAGAAAUAAUAUGAGAUCAAAUUAUGUGAAUAGUGGCACCAGGUCACUACCCCACAUGGGAGGGAAACGUCACAAUGGCAACGGUCACAACGGCUCGCGCCUCAGCCCCCCUGCACAGACCAACAAUAAUAAUCAGAACAACAAUAGCCAGCAUGAUGAUCUGAUCAACUAUAUAUUUGAAUCCUGGAACAAGGUGACUCGUGAAAUCGAAAGGGGCAGUGAUGAAGCAAAAUACUAUCAGUCAGGCUUAGCUCCAGGACAACUUGCUAACUUUAGACCAUUUAAUUUAGAAGAAUGGUGGGGACGUCGUGUUAUCCAAAGCAUAAAUCGUAACAAGCAUCGGUCUUAGUUCUUAUACACUAAUGAGCUAUUGAUAUCUCAUUGUCACAUCAAGAUUAUAUUUCCUUCUGAUCAUAUAUAACAUAAAUUCUUUAACCAGUUUUAAAGGUCAUUUGUAGAAUUUUGGCCUGAUAUUCUAAUAAAGUUAGAUCUUUUUUCAUACUUAAAUUAUAUAUUUAAAGUUUAGAAAUAUACAAUAAACGGAUUACUUGUAAGUUUGCUAAAAUUUAAAAAUGUAAUUCCGAUACUUUGAUAUAAAUAAAACUUAAUAAUUAAAAUUUUAUA